AUGUUAAAGGACCUGGCGGACAUGGAUCUUGUGCUCAGAAAGGUUCUUGGAAAAAAUGAGGAUAUCAUCAAUAUAAACAAAGACAAAAAUAACAGACAAGCAGAAAGUCGACAGAGUGAAGCUGAUGAAAUUGCCGCUUCAGCUGAUAUUUCCAACUCAGCAUCCAGCCGCCCCGCUACAGAACUAAGGAUUGUGUUGAUAGGAGGAAGAUAUGAUGACCCCUCCAGUGGUAAAAGCUCAGCUGGAAACAUCAUCCUGGGUCACAAUGUUUUUGAUACCAGCAGAAGAACAGCUCGGAGUGAAGCAAAGCAGCAGGAAGUACUCGGCAGACGACUUACAGUGGUUGAUACUCCAGGAUGGUGGUGGACUUUUCCUAUAGAAGAAACCCCAAAACUGGAUCAGAUAGAAAUCCAAAAUAGUGUCCAUCUGUGUCCCCCAGGACCUCAUGUCUUUCUUCUGGUCAUUCCUGUUUGUUCAUAUUUAUCCCACCUUGUAAAACUAUCUCUAGAGGACCAUCUGGAACUUUUCAAAGCAGAUGUUUUCAGUCAUACCAUCGUGCUGUUCACUGCAGUCGAUCCAUGUAGUGAUGAAACCAUUGAAUCCAAAAUCAGAAGAAGUUCAUCCCUGCAGUGGAUCCUUCAACAAUGUGGAAACAGAAAACAUGUUCUCAACAUCAGCAACAGAGAAGAUAGAGAUCAGGUCAAGAUGCUUUUAGAGAAAAUUGAGGCGAUGAUUGAACAGAACAGGGGGAGAUACUGUUCUAUUGAGAAAUCUCAUGGAAAUGCUCAUAGAGAGAGACUGAAAGAUUUGGCUAAAAAAGCCUCAAAAAGGUUUGAUGAAGUUCAGAAACAAAGAAGAAACCUGAAGCUACAGAUUGAAGGUGGAAAAGUCCCUCCAAACCAUUUAAGAAUAUUGAUGGUUGGUAAUUCAUAUGCUGGAAAGAGCUCAACAGGAAACAUCAUUCUAGGAAAAUAUGCAUUUGGAAUUAAUGAAAGUGUUGGAAGAAAGACAACACGCAGUGAAAUAAGCCAUGGUGUGGUUGAAGGAAGGCGGGUCACAGUGGUGGAUUCUCCUGGAUGGUUCUGCAUCCAUACCCUUCAGGACACCAGUGAGAUGGACAAACUGGAAAUAGAGAAUGGUGUGAAUCUCUGUCCUCCAGGACCACAUGCUGUGCUUCUGGUUAUUGAUCUGGCAGUCAAUGCUGAUGCAUCAUAUCUGAUAUCUAUCCAGGAACAGAUGAGUCUGUUUAGAGAAGAAAUCUGGAAACACACACUGGUUCUGUUUACCUAUGGUGACUGGUUAGGAGUGAAGACUGUGGAGGAGUAUAUAGAGAGUGAUAAAGGUCUGCAGUGGAUAGUGAACAAGUGUGGGAACAGCUAUCAUGUUCUGAACAACAAGGACCGCAGUGAUAAGGCUCAGGUAAAGGAGCUCAUUGAGAAGAUUGAAGAGAUGUGGGCAAAAAAUGAAGAUCCUCAUUAUGAAGUGGACCUGGACCGAGCAGCACAGAUAGAAGCCAAGAUGGAGGCUGGAGACAAGGAAGCCAAAAGGUUGAAGAAGAUCAACGACAGACAGUCAAGAGUCCUGAAAGAGGUUUAUGAAGCUGAGAGAUAUCCAGUCACUGACAUCAGGAUUGUUCUGGUUGGACAGAAAUGUUCAGGAAAGAGUUCAGCAGGAAAUCUGAUCCUUUUCAAGGAGAAAUUUAACAUGACCUUUGAUAGAGCUUCUUUGGAAAAGAACUAUGAAGAUAAGAGAACAUUGGCAACAUGUGAGAAACAUGAAGGAAACUUUUAUGGAGUAAAUGUGUCAGUGGUUGAAACACCAGGCUGGUUCACAGACUCAACACCAGCUGACUGGAUCAAAGAUGAAAUUCUCCACAGUGUCUCCAUGUUUUCUCCUGGACCUCAUGUUUUUCUCCUGGUUGUACCAAUCUUCAAAGCUUUAACUGAGAAAGAUCUAAUGGCUCUGGUGGAGGUCCUAAUGCCAUUAACAGAGAGAGUGUGGAGACACUGCAUGGUGCUGUUUACCAGGGGAGACUGGCUCAAUGGCCUCCCUGCAGAAAACUACAUAAUCCAAGAGGGCAAGGAGCUCCAGGAGCUUCUGGAGAAGUGUGGGAACAGAUACCAUGUUCUCAAUAGCUUUGAUUAUAAUGAUCCUGUUCAAGUCAAAGAGCUGUUCCAAAAAAUUAUCAACAUAGUAAAACAAAACAAAGGAUGCUUCACAACAGAAGAAGGAGAACCUCAGCAAGAAAGACAAUGCAUGAUGGAAGAGGAGUGGAAGAGACGGGAGCAGGAGCUGAUGGAGAGAGUGAUGAAAGCUUUAGCAAAGGAACCAGAGAAACCAACAGUGCCCUCUGUGGAGGUGGCACAAAGCAAGGAUGAAGGAUUCAUUCCAGACAUGAGUGGAGAUGAUGCCUCAGAAUAUGGGAGCAUUUCAGAGAUUAAGAAUCAACAAGCUCAUAACAACGUUGCUGAAUGGCUGGCUAAGAGAGUGAGACCAUCUGAGAUCAGCUCUGGAAUGGGCAGCAUUUGUUCCACAGCCAGUGAUAUUGGGAAACAUGAUGAAGCUAUUCAAUAG